UGGAGCUACCCCACUUUUCAGCUGUGAUUCAUCGAACCAUGACUCCUCCAACUCUCAUCAAGGUAUAAAACCUCGACACCGCAACAAAAGAUCCAAAAAUCGAUAUUGCUAUCAAAGAUACGAGCCAUCAGUCCCACCUCACUCACUCUCUCACCAUCUCAUCCGGAGACAGCGGCACCUCCCGCACCAAAACAUCCAAGAUGGCCCAGCCCAUCACCCUCACCUACCUAACCGUCGACGUCUUCACCUCCACCCGCUACCUAGGCAACCCCCUAGCCGUAGUCCUCACCCCCGCCUCUUUUCGUUCUCAUCUCACCCAAGACGUCAAACAGCUCAUCGCCCGCGAAUUCAACUUCUCCGAGACCGUCUUUCUGCACACGCUCGACGACGAAGCGCGCGAUGGCUUGACUUCCACCAGUCGGGAAAUCGACAUCUUCACCAUCGAGGAAGAACUUCCCUUUGCCGGACAUCCCACUGUCGGAACGGCGUACCUCGUGCUAAACCAUUUGGGGUGGAAGCAUGUGGACACGCUUGUUACCAAGGCCGGACCGAUUACGAUCAGACCGACGUCCGAAGGAAGGGUGAAGGCUACGAUUCCGCAUGCUGUGCGUAUUCAUAAGCAGACGUUGGGCGGGAUUCUGGAUGGAAAGGGAGGGGAGGUGAAGAAGGAGACAAGGGAGAUGAUUGAGGCUGCGCUGUCCGAGGACCCAGAGAUAAGACAAGCGGAGUUAAAUGGCCCGGUAGUUAGUAUCGUGCGGGGAAUGACGUUUUUGUUGGUAAAACUGCCGAGUUUGGAACAUUUGGCGAAGGUGUCGACGGCGAAAAGGCUGGAUUUUAGUAAGGUGGAGGGGUUGUUGGAUAAGGGGGAGUGGGAGCGCGGGUUUGUGUCCAGGUAUUAUUAUGUGCCGAUGGAGAGGGAGAAAGAGAGUGAAAAUGGGAGGAAGGAGUUCAAGUUUAGGACGAGGAUGGUGGAGUUGGGAUUUGAAGAUCCGGCGACGGGUAGUGCGGCGUGUACGCUGGCGAGCUAUUUGACGGUUAGUGGGAGGGAGAUGGGAGGGGCGAGGUUUGAGUUGACGCAGGGCGUGGAGAUGGGGAGGCAGAGUGAGAUUGAGGUGGAGACGACGGCGGUGGAGGGGGAGAAUGGGGAGGCGAAGGUGAAGGAUUUGUAUCUGGGAGGGACGGCGGUGGUGGUUACGAAGGGAAGUAUCUAUGUGUAGUGGAUUUGCUAUUGAGUUGAAUGUGAUGCUGUCUACAUUGUAGAUGUUGUGAGAAGUGGCAUGGUGUUGAGUCGAAAAUGACGAGUAAAAGAUACAUUGCCAAAGUACCUCCCAAACGUCCAUAGUCAUUUAUGCAACAUGAUUGGUCACUUACCGUAGU